AUGCCUAGCGAUGAGGCCGGCGAGGCAGCCGCCAUGUUCGUGGCGCGCCUUGUUCCCGAGCCCGGCACGGACCUUGGCGCGCUCGCUGCGGUCGUACAGCGCUUUCUCGACGGCCACUGCGAUGCGCCGCCACCCCACGGCGCCGGCGGCUACAUCUGGGACCGCGAGGCCCCUAUGAUACAUCCCGACGAAGACGACGACAAUGUCCUUUUACUGGACAUGCGUGUGCAGGGCUGCGUAGAUGACGAGUGGUUCCUCACCUACGUACUGCGGGAGCUCUCACGCACCCAGGCACUCUGCAUUAGCGUCGAAGACGAAGACGGCGAGUUUUUGCUCAUCGAGGCUGCUGACGAGCUUCCUAAAUGGGUCCGACCAGACAACGCAGCGCACCGCGUGUGGAUGGCCGGCGGCGCGCUGCACCUGAUCCCGCCCGCCAGUGCGCCACUCGACCAGCCUCUCUCUGUGGCGGCUGCGACGGCACUCGUACGCGACGCUGCACAGGCGACUCGCGCACCGACCGAGGUCGAGCAGGCAGCUUUUGCGCGCCUCGCUGCGUACCCACAAGCGGCGAUCGAUCAUCAUCACUACACACUCGCCUACCUUCCCAGUACGGCGGCCAAAGUCCUGGCAUCGCACCCGCAGUGGGUUGCCGAUGCCGUGCAUAUGCUCACGACGCGCGAUGUCGUCAGCGCGCGACUGACGCAGCCCUUAACCUACUUUCCGGUGGCCGUGAGCGACGAGGCGCCGUCGUCUGUGCCAGCGCCCGAGCUGGUGCGUGUGCGCAUGACGCGGCACCUGUAUGCGCGGCUGAGCAUGGAGCGCUUCUUCCCGGCAAAGUCGUUUGGACGCUCAUGGCAACGCUCCGUCGAGCUAUACCGACUGGCACAGAGCGGCCAGGAUGCGUCGAUCUCGGAGCGCGACCGGCACCAUGGCCGCUGGUUUGAUAUCGGCGCAAAGCUGACGUCAGGUCUUGAAAUGUGGGUGCACCAUCUGCAUGCACAGUCGGUGCACACGCCUUCUACGGAUCCAGCAUUCUCGCCCGAGGAGCGCGCACGCCUCGUGGCAUCCCUCACGCGCCUCGGCUACUUUGGCAGCGAAAUACCGGGCAGCGCACAGUGGCAGGCGCUGGAGGCGCAGGCCCUACGCAUUGCUGCCCAACAGCCAUCGGCGGCUCGUGCGCACGAUACGAUGCCCACGCUGCGGCGCGUUCAGGCGGCUCUCCAAGCGCCCGCGGACGAGCGCGUAUAUACCCUAUCGCCUGAGCGCGAUACUGCCACACUUCGCUCUCACGAGGAUAGCGAUGCAUGGAUGAGCGAGGCGCCUCGUGAUAUCGAGGCCCUCUUGUCCCAGCAUGGCGCAGAUGGCGCGGAAGAUGCAACCAUGGACAGAUUUCAGCUGUUCAUGAACAAGAUGCAGACGUUUAUCGACAGCCAGGGCGACAUGGAAGGCGCCCUGUUUGAGGACGACGAUUGGGACGACGACGACUCGGCCUCGGAGUCGGAGGCGCGCGAGCACCAAAUGCAGAGCCUUGUUGAACCGGUGCCCGCGCACGAAUGGGGCGCAAAAAAUGCGGCAGUGGCUGGUAGCCGUGCCGAAGGCCCUGCUGCUGCGCCACCUGUAGCUGCGCCUGCGCAGCGCACGGGCGGAGCGGCGGAGAGCGCGGCGCCGUCUGCGCCCCAGCGUCUCGAGGGCCUCUCUCGCCUCGAGCCGCUCGAGGGUGAUAGCGAUUCUGACAGAGAAUCGCUCGAGGGCGACGACGACGACUCUCCGGAGGAGCGCGCUGAGCGCCACUCGAUGCUGGGCAUGCACGAGUCGAGCUCGCACGCCGACGAGGCCGCGGUGGGCGAGGAUGGCCCGAUGGAACAGGACAUGGACGACUUCCUCGCAUUCACACGGCGCACACUCGGCCUCACUGAUGCACAGUAUGCGGAUAUCCUACAGGAACGACGCGAACGAGGCGCGUAUGUUCCCCCUACAUCAGGACCUGUGGAUACGACAGGCCCGCCCCUCGAGCGCCUAGAUGCUGUACUGGACGCGAUGGAGCGUGAGCUUGCCAAGCAGCGCCCCAAGGACAUGGACGUGGAGGAAGAGCCCGAGCUGGACGACGAAGACGCCGAGUUGCUGCAGCAUCUGCUGGCCAGUGGUAUGUCACUCCCAGACAGUCUGCAGCGCUUUGUUACGGAGAACAACGUCAAUGAGGCGGAGGCGGCCAUGCUGGGCGACUUUCUCGAGAGCUUUGCGGCCCAGGGUGGCCGGCCGGGGCCCGUAGGCACCCUUAGUGCGCGGCUGGGCGUCGGAGCGCUGCCCCGCGAUGCGCCGCCGUAG